CACCCGCAAAAACCCGCACGGAACAGUGAAUUACAGGCGAUCCGCCUGCCCGCAACAAAGAAAUCUCCGAUUCGCGGUCGCAUUUCAUCGAAAAGAUUGGCGGAUCCGACUUUUAUUUCGCGUAGAAAUAAAGGCGCAGCAAAGCGAGAGAUCCGGAUGUCAGUGCAGAGUUGUCAUCUUUCCUGCAGGAGAACUGUCAAGUGUGCGAGGAGAACUGCUAGCGACGGAAAGCACAGAGCAGGUCUUCUCCUUCAAGACAGCGAAGAUGCAUUCCAUAGCAGCGGAUCGAUCAACCGAAUCGGCACUAUAAACGACGAGUGUAUCCCCAUCGUCAGCUUCCUAACAAAAUGAUACGGUGGUAAACAACGUAUCCGGGAGUACUUAUACAAACAAAAAACCAGUGCAAUUGAAAGUGAAACGGCGAGUGCAAUUUUAUGUGUUAUUUAGCAAAUUCUUCUCAUUGUGGCAAUCGUAUGAUUUUUGUUGUCGUUCUGUAUUUGUGUGACCCGCUUACAGAAAAGCGAUCAAACAAUAUACUAUCAGUGAUGCAACGAUCAAUUUCACCCGAUAGAAUGGAUCGUACUUGUGGUGCGUGUGUGUAAAUAUGUGUUUUAAUCAAUUUGUAAGACGUCGUACACUUUCGGCGCAAGAAUAAGAACGUGAAAAAAACCCCUGACCCUGAUCAAAGUGUGAGGGGGGGUCCCUCUAAUGAUGGUGGCUGCAUCCACUUCCGGUUCGUUUCGGCUGUGUGCGUGUUUGGAGGUUGAUGCAAGGGAAACGCAGUUUCAGCAACUCGGGAGAAUUAAAUGCUGCUCAGAAGCUUCCUCUUCUCGCUAGCAGACGGUGAAAAGCAGAACGUGCGUGAGGCGUGAGCAAACAAAGAGUCUGUGUGUGUGUGUGUGAAGGUGAGAAUGAAUCAGUUCGCGUAAUCGAUUAACGGACGAUCGAUUAACGCACAUUAACCCAGGCCAAACAGUGUGCAAGUGCCCACCGGAAGGAGCAUCUCACGUUCACGUGAAACCCAAUCCUGUGGUAAUUGUUUCGGUUCUGCGUGUGUGUGUGCGCGCACGCACAUGUGAGAAAGUUUCGAGCGUAAAGUGGGUUUACUCACAGAUCGGAAGCAUAAAAAUGCUUCCGCGGGACGUUACAUGUGUGCGGGAGAAGGAGUGAGAUGUUACCUGCUCGCCCGACGGUCAGCUGUGUGUGCGAAAAGGAAAAGCAGGAGGGGUGGGUGGACGCGCAUAAGUGGUAGGGGAUCUCCUCCCAAGCAGGCAGCAAGCAUAUGGAGAGCGGCAGCAGCAUAACGCGAAUGAAAAGCAUAUAUUGGUGGUGAUCGGCUGCGAAUUAGGAAAAAGGCCUCACGCACACUACUACUAAGGGGGGGAAACACGCGAUAUUCAGAUGAGCAAUUCAAGAUCGUGAAAAUUCUCCGCUGUUCAGGGAGAGAGAGAGAGAGAGAGAGAGAGAGAGAGAGAGAGAGAGAGAGAGAGAGAGAGAGAGAGAGAGAGAGAGAGAGAGCGGGCAAUAUCGCUGCCAGAAAGGUAUUUUCCCGUCUUUCGUUGGGGGUGCGUGCGUGCGCGAGAGAGCCACGCACAUGCGUUAGUAAAUCCCAGAAGCGUAAUUGUGUAAGUGCACGCCGGUGGUCCAUCAGUCGCGAGGAUCGCGUCGCGAUGCUUCAGAUGGAAGCAAUAUAUAAAUGUGCAAUAUAGUGUAGAAGUGUUAAUGAAGCGUUGUGUAAAGCUGCAAAGUCCUGGCGUAUCCCUGGAGAUGGUUCGCUAGGCAACACGGGGAAACAUUCCCCCCAGUACCUUCUCGGUGUGUGUUAGUACAUCUCGGUGUUAGUGCAUCCCUUUCAAACGCCCUAAAAUGGCUGGCGUGAGGGUUUGAUGUACAUACGCAACAAUUUUAACGUGUUCCUUGUGUGCGUGUGUAUGUGUGUUCUGUUUGAGGUCGGUGUUUGUUUGUGUCUCUUAUCACCACCACCGGUCGGUGCCGCGAUUGUACAGAUUCGCGAUUUGGUCGUCACCGGCAGACAGCGGGGCUUUCAAAGGCGGUGCCCGCUCUACACGACCCGCCCCACCACCCUUCCCGGUUUCUAUCAACCCUCUACUGCGCGUACGGAUAAGUGGGUCCAUCUACCGCGCCCCCCGGUUCGGCGGUUUGUAUGUGUCAUCUGUCAGGUGUGAGAGCUCGCGGGUUGGAAGAACAAUGGCAAGACAGUACGGCCAGCCAAAACGCGUAAGGUAUUUCGCUAGAGAUUGUGUGGUUCUGUGAAGAUUUGGAAGAAAAGUCGGGUUCGUGUUCUUGCUGUGAAAGCGAGCCAGAGAGAGAGAAUGAUUGCGAAUGGCACGAUCGGCACUAAGAGCACUGCUCCGAGAUGUACAGAGCCUGUAUUCGAUGUGAAGUAAAACCCGUGUUCAAAAUGUGCGUAAGAUAAUGCAUCAGCGGAAGUGUGGAUAGUAACAUCAAGCGGCGAUAGUAAAAGUGAGAAGGGGUAGAAGACCGCAUCAUAGCUAGGGGUGAUAGUCGACGGUGUGAAUCGAACACAGCUGUGUAAGCAACUUAGUUGUUGAUAUAGUUUCGGUGCUGUUGUGUUUCAAUUACUACGACAUUACAUUACCUUCGCUGCCUAAAAUCCGGCGGAGUACAAAUCACAACACACCCUCCCUCGAUCAACACUGUCCUGCUAUGGAAGGAAGCGUUUGCGUGCAUACUCUGCUAUACACUGCCCCUGAACUAUCGAACCUGGAGGAUCACUCAUGCAAGUUAAAAGCGAUAGCAAUAGCACUGCAAUAGCGAACGCUCACCCGAAGGACGGAGCAAAAGGUACAAAAGCUAGAAUCCCAGCUCUAAAGCAUACGAAGAGCCUGUGCGUAACUCCACUCGCACUAGAACGCUUCUAGGUCGCACAAAGGACAUAGAGAUACCUCUUCGCACGCCCCACGAACCCUUGCACCGCGCAUCGCUGUUCAAGGUGACGAAGCAAAGCAAAAGAAGCAGUACGGAACCGGUCGGCGUUUCGCGCUUUCCGCUAUUCUACCGCAUCUUCCGUGUCAUCGGCCACAUGGCUAAGCCAACGAAUAUUAUCCGGGGGAUGGUCAGCGGGCAGCGUAACCGCUACACCCAAGAUGACUUCAACCUGGAUCUGACAUACAUUAUGAAGAAUAUCAUCGCCAUGGGCUACCCGGCAGAAAACAUGGAGGCCAUCUAUCGCAAUAACCGCGAGGACGUGCUCAAGUUCCUCACGGAGAAGCACGAGAGCAAGUACAAGGUGUAUAAUCUUUGCUCAGAGCGUACCUAUGAUCCAAAACUGUUUCCGUACCACGCCGAAUAUCCAUUCAAAGAUCACAACCCACCAGACAUUGAGCUCAUCGACAAGUUCUGCAAAGAUGUGUAUACUUUCCUGAAUGCUGAUAGAUCUCACGUCGUAGCUAUCCACUGCAAGGCUGGCAAAGGUCGUACGGGAACGAUGAUCUGUUGCUAUAUGCUUUACGACAACACCUUCCAGACAGCCAACGAGGCACUGACGUACUACGCAGAGAAACGCACAAAGGACAAGAAAGGAGUCACCAUUCCUUCGCAACGCCGAUACGUGGAGUAUUACGAGCAUUUGCUGCGCAACAAUCUAACCUAUCGGAAGGUUUCGCUAUAUGUUCUCGAACUGCGCAUCUUUCCCGCUGAAGUGCCACUGAAAGUUGGAUCUAUUCAGCAGAAGGAUAUGAAGGAACCGCUGCCACUGGUGAAGUUCCGCCGCACGGAUGAGUACAUAUCGGUGGAGCUUGACUGCUGUAUGCCGCUAGCCGGCGAUGUGAAGGUUGAGUUUCGUGGCAACAAACUAGACAAAGGAUGGCACUUUUGGUUCAAUACGUUUUUCGUUGAACUCGCUGGUAUAUAUGAUUCACAGGGUCGCUUAGUUUUGGCUUUGGACAAAAAAGAGAUUGACGACGCUCAUAAAGGUAACGCCAAAAAGUGCCCAGAACAGGUGCAAGUUUUUCUGAAUCCGCGAGGAAAGAGUUCCGAAAACUUAGACGCUAGGCCGCUAACGCAGCCCUUGGUCGAUGGAAAUCAAAAGAACGCUGCACAAAACAACCAUCACGUGCUACAUUACCAACAGCAGUCGGUAACGCAGGACCAGCAACAGGUGCAACAAAGGCAUUAUAUUGCUUUAAGGGAUCCGCCAAAUCGGAGCCAAUCGCUGAUACCUAGCUCCAACUAUAACGAUCCCCAGCUGCAUCAUCGAUCCGUCAAUAACAAUCGCGCUUCCCUGGGCAACAACCAGCAGAAUAGCGGCAUUUAUUGUAACAUCGGGAUGAACAUACCGGAUGUCGAAAGGCAGUCACAACAGCAACAGCUUCAGCAACAACAACAGCAACUGCUUCAGCAGCAGCAGCAGCAGCAGCAGCAAAUGCUACAGCAGCAGCAGCAAGUGCAACAACAACAGCGUCAGCUGAACCAUUCCGGAGGCUCUUCCGAGGGUACUGAUGAAGAUUGGGAAUCCGGUGAGUGUGAAACAGUAGUAUCGGAAACCAUGUGCAAAUCAAGAACAACAGCUACUACAUCAGCAACAACCGCGAAUACAACAACAGCUACGAUUACCUCGUUCACUACAACUACAACAAUCCCCAGUACAACAACACCCAUUACCAAAUCCAACCAAACCAUUAGUAGUAGCCCCGCUGUUCAAUCUCCACCAAUACCACCCGCGCGACCAACAGUAACGAUGGUAACAAUGGCAACAGCAGUAACGGUACCAAGCAGCAAAACCUGUAUAUCCCCUCCUUCCUCUUCCGUUCGUCGUUGCAUCAGCGACAACGAAAAUUAUCUCCUCACACGUAGUAGUUGUGGCCUCAUCAGUAAAAAUAGUAAAAGUAGUUAUGAUCGACUCGGCGAGCACGAGCCCUGUAGUAGCGAUAGUACUAUCACCACCACCAACCAAACUUUUAACCAAAUUAGCCGGAUCUGUCCGAUCCCGAACCACCAACGUCUGCAUGCUGCAACCGACGAUAAUCCGCCAUUCCGAUUCGGAACGGUUGCCGAUUCAUCGUCGUUAGCAGUUAUGUUGUAUGAUGCUAGUGCGCUACAAUUCGGAUACGCCAGCGUUGGAAACGACGCUGAUCAUUUGUUGCGAGUAUCUCGUGCAUUGCUGCCCAGUGCAGCGCAACAGGCGGACACGCAUGGAACAAGAUCGGGAAUGUCUGGGUACGUUAAUAUUGGUUCUGUCGAUCGAUCCGCCUCCGUAGGCGAGCGCAGUGAAGUGGUAAACGAUCGAUCGAUAGAGGAUCUCACGGACAAUGGUACUAGUGGAGGUGGUAGCGGCAAAAACAAAAUGUCGUCCGCAUCUCCGUUUCGACGGUUCGGUAUGGCCAUGAGACGUAGGAAGAAACGUUCGUUGAAACUCAAGCACGCCUCCGGGAGCAAUAGUGGCAUCGGUGGGAACACACUGUACGGGUCUUGUGCCAGCAAUCUGUCUGGUAUUUCGGUGGGUAACGGUUCGGCUAAGGGUAUGGGAUUGGGUUCGACCGUUGCCAAUGAUGGCAGUGGAGGAAGUAGCAGCAAAAGAACGAAGCUAAAAUUUCGAUGGCUUCGCAAUAUGCGUAGCGAUCCGAACUUAAAAGAGACACUUGUGAAGAGUGUUCAACUACGUGCGACCACCAUUGGAGCGGGAACUGGUUGCAUACUUGAAGUAGCGAAAGCUAGCACGGCCACCUCUAACGUCACUAUCCCGAAAAGCCCAACGUCAACAACGUCAACGCCAAUACCGGACAUUGCGAGCAGCGGAGGUGCUAAACUAUCAAGUGAUAUUGUAGGAGAUAUGAAAGAGAUCACUUGUUGUAAUCUUCCCACCGACUAUUACUCAUUUCUCUGUGAUAAUCAGUUGAGCUAUGAAUCGCCCGGCAAAAGUCCGGGCCAUAUGAUGCGAUUAGAGUUGGCACUUGCUCGUCGACCGUCCACCAUCGAAGAAGUUCUCCAGCAACCGGGUCCACCGACGCCACCACCGCUUCCUCCGCCACCGUCCCCGGGACCCCCAGCAGCGAUUACCGUGUCCGAUACGGAUUGUAGCGUAGUGAAACCGAGAGCAUCAAACGUCAAAAUUGGCUUCAACGUCAGUCCAGCACCGGCAUCACCGGUGGAUACUGUACAUGGUUCGAUCGAGAGUUCGUUCGAGAUCAUUGAGAAAAGUGACGCACAGAUGGAAUCGUCGGAGAACCUGUCGGCUGCAGAACAUGCUAGCGACGGUGGUACUACUGUCAGUAGUGGUCCGUUGCUGUCCGGUGGCGGUGGACAUAGUUUCUGCAACAAAUUAUUACAACACAUUGUUACCUCGGUUAGCGGUGGGGCGCGUAAGGGACUCGAUCAAAUCGAAGGUAAAAAACAAGAUGGUGAAGGUUCUGUCGAAUGUCCUACUGCUGCUGCUACCACCAUUGCCCCAAACAGCAUUCGUCGUUCAAUGUCGUCUUGCUCUGCCCUAACCGUGGUACAAACUAUGUCUUCUCCGGUACUAGAAGCUGGCACAAGUCCCGUCCUUUCACGCAGUAACCGUUGUGCACCGUUCUCGUUUCGCGAGCUAAGGUCAGAGCUGCGUGCAGCCAUGAAGAUACCGUUGCCAAAGCCUCGAACGCAACCGGCAUCAUCCUCUUCGUCCUCGUCGUCAAAUAUCGUUGGUGUUACCAGUAGCGAGAAUAGUUCGGCUGUAGUUCGUUCCAUCGAACGAACCUUAAGCGCUCCUGUGGCUGUACAAACACUCGAAUCGGAUGAUGGAAAUAAUAGGAUCGCUUGUUUCGCUGGCAAUACCACCUCCACUAGCGUCAAUGUGUCUUCCGCCAACGGAUCGUUACCAACACUCAAUCGAUCGCAGUCCGAUCGCCAGCUUGGUGAUGAUCAUCGCUCUGGUCAUCGGUCGGGCUUGGGGCACUGAUGUGUGUUACCGAUUCCUCCCAUUUUGUUUUUUUUCCCCCAAUAGAUAUCCCGUUUAGCACAUCCUUUACCAUAUAUUUACUAUAAACAUACACCCAAACACUCACUCACACACACACACACACACACAUAUACAUGAAAGCGACAAAUCAAACUUACGUAAAUGAGACAUUUAGUCGGUGGGUAUCCAAUUUGAUGAAAUAUCCAUCGGAUGAUUCUUUCAUUAGAGAAGCAAUUGUUUUAGACGCAUAUGAAAAUUGAAUAGAACUAUUAUUAUUUUUUUGUGAGAACGGUCUGGCCGUAUACGAGAUUGAAUAGAACUAAUCUGUCAAUUAUUUUUCGGCUGACGAUCGACGCGUCGACAAGAUAAACGAUUUAUUAUUUCGGCGGAGAGGCGUAAUCGAAACUUCUAACAUUAAAUCAAUACAUUUCAAUUGGCAAGCAUUGCUGUGAUUUAAAGGUUGCUUGAUAUGGGGGAACUAGCAAGGGAAGAAAUUCAUAAAACCAUAGUUACACGUUAAACAAAUGAAUAGAUCGAGUGGAUAGUAUUUCUCAUUCGAGUAGCGAUGUAAUGCGAAUACUUAAGCGAAGGUUAAAGGCAUAUAAGUGUUGUAUUAGUUACGUUUUGUUUCGGUUUCUUAAUUUUAGACUCGGUCAGUGUAUAGAUGUCAUAGAGUUAGUGAUAGUUUCAAACAUUGUUUUUUUUUAAGUUAAAUUGUUGACGAUAGUGCAAGAAACAAAUCAAUACAGAUAUAGUUCAUUGGAAGAAAAGAAAAUGAUAGCCAGAUAACGUAGAUUGCGUAUGGGUUAGACAGUGUAGUAAAUAAUAAAUAGCAGCUGAAUAUUUUUUAAACACCCCAAGUGGUACAACGACAACCAGAUCUGCAAUCGUAAUCAUUGCGAGACAUUAUAGCUGUACCGUGAGAAUAUACUUGUCAGUAGCGCCCCUCUGUUGAACACGGUUAUAAAAGGAUCUAUUUGGUUGAUGCCAUCGUGCUAUCGUCCAAUCAAUCAAUGAGCUAUGGACGUCCAGUUAUGUCUGGUUUAACUUUUGUGUUUAGCUUAAUAUGUUUUCUGUUAUCCUGUAGUCUAACGUGAAUCUUUAGAACGUUUCUGCUC